CUAUACUUUACUCUAUAUUUCUUUUCCACUCAGGAAAAAAAGGCAAUGUCUAUUCCACUCCCAGCGCUCUCUCCGGCCGAAACAUCUUACAUCGUCACCUCUCUGGCACAUCCCUCAUACCCCACAAGAAACGAUGCCCGCCCUCUCUUCGCUUCUAGGCCCAUUCAAAUUUCCUACGGCGUAUUUCCGCAAGCAAAUGGUAGCUCUCAGGUCAAGCUGGGGGAAACAGAGGUGGUCUGUGGUAUAAAGCUGGAGGUUAUCGACAUUACUGGACAGCAAAUCAAGGAUCAGGAAAAGUGGAGAACAAAAGUCGAAGUUGAUGUAACCCCUCAAGCGUUUCCCAGUAUCUCUGCCCCAUCGCUUUCUGCUCUUUCUACCCAUUUAACUUCCAUUGUCACUUCCCAUUUCAUCCCCUCCAUCCCAGCUCUUCCCAUUCUUCCCAACAAGAAAUAUUUUCAACCCCAUCUCCACCUUACCGUCCUGUCCUCCUCUGGUAACAUCCCCUCCGCCCUCAUCCUCGCUGCUCGUGCAGCUUUUGCUGACCUCAAAGUUCCUAAAACCAAGGUCAUCUCUUGGGCAGGCGAAUCUGGAGAGGAUGCCAUUGAUGGAGUUGAUGUUGGAAGGGGAGACAUGAGCGGCAUCAAGGCAGCUAUUGCCACUACCAAAGGAAAAGGAAAAGGGAAAAUGAUUGCGAGAGGAUCUGAAGACUGGGAUCUGGACAUGGAAGAUGGAGAAGGUGUUGAGUUUUUGGAGGGAAGAGAAGCGUUACCUGUGCUUGUGACAUUGAACAUGGUGCCCAGUUCUCCCAACAUUUUCUUGGAUGCUACACCUCAAGAAGAGUCUGCCUGUCCUACCCGUAUCCACCUUUUCUUCAAGCCCUCGAGUGCCCACGACAUUUCAAAGCCCAAACUUUGUGGUUUGCGAUUAGAAGGUCCUGACGGUCUGGAUGCUGGUCGUGUCAGAGGGUUGUUAGAGCAGGGCGCGAGUGUCGCGAGCGAAUUGAUCAAAGAAGUCAACAGAACUAUACCAAGUCUAGACAUUUAAGUUUUGCAUAGAUUGCAUGGACAUGUACUAUACACAAUACAGGAUAAA